GCUGUUAAGUUGGAGAGGAGGGUAGUGAGAGGAACAAUUGAACUCAAGAGAGAGAAAGAGCCGCCUCUGGUCAAGUCGAAUCAGUACUCGGAUUCAAUCCGGAACGACUGUUUGGCAUCACGUAGACGCCUUUUGUCGUUGAAAAGUUAGAUCGGGUCAAUUUCACAGCUCGAACCUGAAACCAUGCCGUCUCGUAGAAGAGCUCUCCUCAAGGUCAUCAUCCUCGGCGAUAGCGGGGUGGGCAAGACCUCAUUGAUGAAUCAAUAUGUAAACAAGAAGUUUAGCAACCAAUACAAGGCGACAAUUGGGGCAGAUUUCUUGACAAAGGAAGUGCAGUUUGAGGAUCGGCUCUUCACAUUACAGAUAUGGGAUACAGCUGGACAAGAAAGAUUUCAAAGUCUCGGGGUUGCUUUCUACCGUGGUGCUGAUUGUUGUGUGCUUGUCUAUGAUGUGAAUGUCAUGAAAUCAUUUGACAAUCUCAAUAAUUGGAGGGAAGAGUUCUUGAUUCAGGCUAGCCCAUCAGAUCCUGAAAAUUUUCCAUUUGUGGUGAUUGGCAACAAGACUGAUGUGGAUGGUGGAAAUAGUAGAGUGGUAUCUGAGAAAAAGGCUCGGGCUUGGUGUGCCUCUAAAGGAAGUAUUCCUUACUUUGAGACUUCUGCCAAGGAAGGCACCAAUGUUGAAGAAGCUUUUCAGGUUAUUGCAAAGAAUGCCUUGACGACUGGAGAAGAGGAAGAAAUAUACCUGCCGGACACAAUUGAUGUUGGUAGCGGCGCCCAACAAAGGUCAACUGGAUGCGAAUGUUGAUCGAGUAAUAUGAUUAAGAAGUUCCCAGGAUGCACCAAGAAGUCAUCAUUCUUAUGUUUUUUUUAAUGUGUUGCACUAAGUUCAUACGUGUAUACUAGUGUUUGUAUUGUUGAUUGAAUUCGUUUUCUUAUUUGUUGAUCUUGGUUGCUUGGGUUAACCUUCAAUGUGUACUGUACUGCUCUGAUUUGGCUGAGCUGGAUAGAAAAUUUCAAUGAAUUGACUGUAGUUUCUGUUAA